AAAGUCAGCAAUUGAAAGUGAAAAAAAAAUUACUGCAAUAUUUAUAUACGUAUAUAUUAAAAUAUAGGAGCAAAUAAAAUUUAUAAUUUAAUUUAUAUAUGUACAUUUUUGUUGGAAACGCGUGUUAAAAAUAUUUUUUUUUUAUAAAUUCUAUAAGUAAAAUUUUAAAAUUCCCUUUGUUUUAGUAAAGGUGUCACAAAGUAAAACGAAACAUAGAGAAAAAAUAUUAAAAAGAAUCCUAGAUAUUUGAAAUUAUUAAAAAUUAUUUAAUAGUUAAUUUUGUUUUAAACAAAAGUUAAAAUACAUAUGUGUUAAUUGGUAGCUUGUUUGUUUUUUUUCUAUCUUAAAGUCUUAUAAUAUUAGAAUAAAUUUUUUAUUUGUCUUAAUAAAUUAAGAAAGAACAUACAAAAUAAAAAUGAGGAUGGUGGAUUUAAGAAAUUUGUUAAUUUUUGGUUUGCAAAUUGGAGUUCUGCAGGCUCAAGCAUUCUUUAAGCAAACGAUUCCUAAUUUAUCAAAAUUGCCACAAACGAAUUUUAAUUGUAAGAAUAAAGUUUUGGGUAAUUAUUAUGCAGAUACUGAAACUCAAUGUCAAAUGUUUCACGUUUGUGUUCAAGUUUUAGGAGUUGGAGUGCAAGAUUUUCGUUUUUUGUGCCCGAAUGGAACAGCAUUCGAUCAAGAAGCACAAAUUUGUACUGACUGGGGUGAUGUAGACUGCCACCAGGCUUCAUUUGGCAAUGGAAUCGCAUUUGAUAUUUUCCGCUUAAACGUUCAAAAGGACAUUUAUUCGAUUCGUCAUAAUCAAACACGUUUUAAAGAAGAAGAAGAUCCACUUAAGUUACAAAAUUUGAGUCAAGACAAUACCGAUGAAAUUUUUAGGGGAUCUCAUUCCUCAAAUUUUUUUACAAAUAAAAAUCGAGGAUUAGAAGACUAUAACAUCCAUAAAGAAGAUAAGGAAAACUUUUAUAAUACCAAAAGCUCUAAUUACAAUUCUGCAAAACCCGCUAAAACUGAAUUUAAAUCAGUUAACAGAGAGCAUCAAAGGAAUCAUGCCCCACAGAAACCUAUCCCUAAAGAAAUUCGAACACCUUCAGAAUCCAUUCGUAAAACCACAGGACACAUAGCAAGUGAUGUAAUUAAAAGAGUUUCUAAUACUAACAAUAUUGGACCUCAAAAGAACAAUACGAGCUUACCAAACCCUCAAGUAAACAAUUAUGAGGCAUAUUCGAAACAAAAUAUAAAGGUCAACACCAGAAAUAAUAAUUUAGAUAAAAUUAGAACGUUAACUAACCAGGAAAUAGAUUUUAUUAACAGCGUUAAUUUAGAAAAGACAGGUAGAAAUUAUCAGCCUCAAACUUCCACACAGUAUUACCAAAAGGAGACUCAAGAUUAUCGAGCGGAUUUGAUUACAACCAAAAAACCAAACAGAUUUUCCUCUAGUUCUCCUACUUAUUUAGAUUAUUCCAAUGAUCCGACAACUCCAAAAGUAAGACCUUCUGAAAGCACAACUUUUACAUUUAAUCAAAAACAAUUUCAAAACAGUUUGUCUAGAAAUGCAAAUGGUCCUACUACUAAUAAAAACAUAGAUGUUUCAUAUGACAGAAGUCAAUAUGAUAAAAUUCAAUCUAAUAAACGCAUAACAACAAAACAAAAGGCAGUUACAUCUGGGAAAUUAAAACCCCACAUUCAAUUAAAUUAUGAUUCAACAACCUCAACAACAUCCGCAGCAAAGAAAUUAAGCACACAAAUUAUAAAAUCUUCGGUUGAUGAUAAAUUGAGAAAAUCGAAUAUUCUAUUGAAUAAUGCAGAUAAACCAACUACUUUCAGACCAACUACAUACAAGCAUUUAUAUAAUAAUAACCCAACUACCAUUUUAAAGAAGAAAAAUGAAAUAGAAAUAACAAAUUCUGUUCGGAUGGAUAACAAGGAUUUUAUGACAUAUACUAAUGUGUUUUAUUCUCGUCCAAUCGUGCCUGAAGCUGACAGUAACCAAGAGGAAGAAAUUUUUAAAGCCUCCAACUCAUAUAACAUUGGUGCUUAUAAAGUUAAUAAUUUUCCAAUACAAUCAACAAGAGUAUUUCAUACAACAUCUUCAACGCUGUCGACUACAACUUUAGCCCCUUCUACUUCAAAAGUUAGAUCCAAGUUGACAAAUAGGGGAUCACAGAAAUCUUAUGAUGACAUUCUUCCAGAAUUCAUUAAGCAAAAAUCUUCAAAUUAUGAAAAAAUUCCAGAAAAUAAUUAUGAACCUAUAACCCAAAAACAAAAACCACAACAACAAAACUCUGUUCAGCAAACACAAGUAAAGCAGUUUGCUGACUUCUCGGGAAAAAAUAACAAUCCCAAGCCGUUCGUUAUAAACUCGACCGGAGCUCCCAAGCAACCCACAUCAAAUACAUUCUUCUACGAGACCACGCAUAAAACUACAACUGGUUUUAUUCGACAUGAUUCGCAAUCAGAAAACACAACAGAAAAGCCUAAAUUCUUUUCAACUCCUGUUUUAUCUCAUACAACAGAAAAAGUAAUUGGAAUUUCUACUCUUUCUCCUUCAAAGAAACCAAAAACAGCUUCGAAGAAAAAUAACUCUAAUGAAGAUACCAGUUAUGACUAUGCAUACUAUGACGAUACUAAAGAUUAUGGUGCACUUGACGUGAUCUCUGAUUUUGAAAAAAUAAAAAAGAGAAAGCAAUGAUAGAAAUAUAAAUCGAUUUCAAAUUAUUUUUAUACCGUUAAAAUAUUCUUUUAUUAAAUUUUUAAUAACAUUUUAAA